AUGUCCAAUCAAAUUGCGGUGACAUCGGCGCAACAAGUGCGGCAUUACACUUUUGUCGUCAAAAAUAGCACCCUUGCUGAUCACGGGUUUUCAUUUUUAGAGGAUGUCACCGCGACUACCGGUCCUAACGGCAAGAUUGACUGGCUAAACUGUGGGCUGACGGAUGGCGGCUGGCACCCUCCAUACGUCUCAGUCAAUGACCUUGUCACGAAAGACCUUUCGGAAGCCGUCAGCGAAGACAACAGUCCGUUCAAGGCUUGUUCUGAGUACAUCGACCUCUUCAACAAGUACGGCUGGGCAAAUAAUAUUCCACCAAUCAUGCUCGCAUCAUUUGCCAUGCAGGAGAGUUCUUGCAAGCCCUGGACAGUCGGCGGAGCGGGUGAACAAGGUCUGAUGCAGCUCACUAAGGAUAAGUGCGGUGAUGCCCCAGGUGGUGACUGCAAGAACCCUGACUUCAACAUCCGCAAGGGAGCAGAAUACUUUGCACAAUCUUUACAGGACAACGGUGGGAGUGUUCUCCUUACUAUCGGCAGAUACAACGGUUGGUAUGAGGGCAUGACUUACGGCGAUGCAACUUCUGCAAUGUACACCAGCUGCUGCAGAUGCCAGAAGAACUGCGAUUAUCUACACCAAUUCGUCAACGGCUGGCUUCAGAAUGUCGACGCGUACACAGUCAACCCUCCCUUGGGACAGUUCUUCAACCUGAACAAGUGCAAUUAA